UGUCUGCAGGGCAUUUCAAUCGCAACCAUACACCUAAACCUACGAAAGUCAAGUCCAGAACUCGUUUAUCCAGCAGAAACAUACAUAUGAAGACGAACAUCUAUGAAUGUCUUCGAACCUUUUGCCUUUACAUGGCUUUGAUUGCUCUUCAGUUGGAGAUCGUUCAUGCCCUGCCAAAUUGUUGUGUCAGGAUCGGUGGAAUUCCAGACUGCAGUAGGUGCAACUAGGUAUCGAACGCAGGUGUCUGACCUAAAAGUCAAUUUCAAACUAUUCGAUAUUGUGGUCAACUUCCACCACUACUAUGCUUGUUAUUGUUGUAGACCUUCACAUCACUUGUGGAAGCAUCGGUCGUCAGCUCUUCUAUUUUUUUGCUCUUUCCUUCUGCUCUACUCUUAUCUCUGCUCUACUCUUAUCUCGCCCAUUACUGACCAGAUAAUUUCGAGCUCCAGACCACUGAAGCUUCAAAUCUCCUUUGAAGCGAAUGUAUCGCAAGCUCCAGCGCAGCUUCUGGCACUACAAGUAAUCCUGGAAGAGAAUGCGGGACAGACUCUUCUAUAAUAAACAGGCCUUUUACGAAUUGUUCGCGCUGACCCCUCACGUAUCAUCCUCAGUCACAAUUCAUUACAGUACUUGGUUAUUACGUACGGAAGGGGUCUUGUAAAGUGUUGCAGAUCUAACGUCCGAUGUCUGCCAAUGGGAAAGAGUGUCUUUGAU